AUGUCUUCAGGAUUCGUAUCAGCUGGAACCACCGAUCAACCGAUUGAGCGGGACGACGAAUGGCUAAAAGUGCAACAAGAGCUAGAGGAGGAGCGGCGACAGAAGGCCGAGAUUGGCAAGCAGAAUGACGGCAAAAGUCUAUUUGAGGUUCUCCAGCAGAACAAAAUGGCGAAGCAGGAACAGUUUGAAGAGAAGAUACGGCUAAAGAACCAGUUCCGGUCGCUCGAUGAAGACGAGGUGGACUUCCUAGACUCUGUGCUGGAAUCGACCCGCGCCCAGGAGGCAGCGGUGAAGAAGGAUACGGCGGACCAGCUAGAGGCGUUUCGCAAGCAACGGGAAGAAGCCGAGAAGAGUGCCUUGGGGCCUACAUCUUCGGAGGUUACACCAGCGGAAGAGGAGGAGUGGACAAUUCCAGCGCGCAAGAGGCGACGCGAGAAGAGAGAUUUGUUGCUGCCAGGCAAGAAGCGGAAGGCAUCUAUGGAUAGCACCGAUUCUAGAAAGGAACAGACGAAGCCUGGUAGUGGUUCGGUUGCGAAAACCGAGGAGACCAAGGACUCAAAACCCACACAAGAUACGAAGAGCUCAAAGACACCCAGUGUCGCGAAGACGUCUGCAGGUCCGGACAAGUCAAAGACUACACAGGCUCAGCCAAUCAAGCCAGCAUCCCUCGGACUGGUCGGAUACGGGUCCGAUACGGAUUCGGAAUAA